AUGGCGGUCGGCGACGAUCCUAUGUCACGGAAACCCCGGGGGCUUCCCCUGCACGAGAUGUGGAAGUCAGAGGAUGAAUACGUUGAGUCUCUCCUCUCGUUCGCUACAGGCUCAGAUCUCUUUCGCAAUCUCUGCGGUGGUGUACAUAUUUUGGACUUUCUCACCCGGGAGCCCGAUUUGUAUACCUACGUUCUGCCACAGGAUUGGCGCGAUUGGUUUGAACUGGUAUCAAUCGACGAUGUGCUAGAUCUUCUAAUGCGCGCAGACCUCUCAAAAUUCAAGAGCGGUAGCGUUCAAACAGAGUCUAUCCCUAGCCCUCCACAGUCUCUAUUAGAAUACAUCGACACGGUCCGCACACACAGUCUUCGACGAGACUUUCGCCCGGUCUCGGACAACAUCGCCGACAUGCCACGACACAUCGCGGUUGGGAUGAAAACCAAGAAGGCCCAUGAAGUGACCAACUUCGCCGCUUACGUAGGUAGUUUGUCUGCAGAGGUAUCCGAACGUCUAGGACAACCUGUUUCAGUUGUCGACUUUGGUUCGGGCCAGAACUAUCUGGGCAGGACACUGGCGACGCCUCCUUACAAUCAGCAUGUCAUUGCAAUCGAGAAGCGCCACCACAAUAUCGUUGGUGCGAAUAGGAUGGAUGUCCAUGCAAAGCUAGCCAAGAAGGAGAAGAUCAUGCGCAAUAAGAAAGAAUACAAACGCCAGCUUGCCAUGAACAACGGCAUGCCCACGCCGCCACCGGAGCAAGCUGAAACCGACCUCGAUCCGGUACUUGACACGAGCCUCGCCGAGCCCAACGUUACCUAUGAACAAUUUGGCCCUGGAAAGGGGUCAAUGACCUACGUCGAACACGAAGUCCAAGACGGAUAUCUAGAGAACAUCCUCACCCCUGCCACACUAGACAUCAAUGCGACGUACUCGCCCAACGCUAACCACAACUCGAAUGAUGAUCUGCCUGAGGAGGGCAAUCCUACACCUUGCUGCUCGCUCGAUCGUUUCACUAGUUCCGACCGCAAUUCCAACCCCGAACCCAAGCCAAAAGCAAUGGUGAUAUCCCUCCACUCCUGCGGCAAUCUCUCGCAUCACGGCUUGCGCUCUCUGGUCCUCAACCCUUCGGUCGCCGCCACGGCCAUCAUAGGAUGCUGCUACAAUCUCCUCACUGAACGUCUCGGCCCCGCAACCUACAAACUCCCACAACUCCGGCCUAACCACCCCCGGCUCGAGGCCACCGGCAAUGCGCAUGACCCUCACGGCUUUCCCAUGUCCCGGACACUGGAGACUUUCCCUCACGCGGACGGCGUUGGUGUAGGUGUCAAGUUGAACAUCACGGCACGCAUGAUGGCAGUUCAGGCCCCGUACAAUUGGGGUCCAGAAGACAGUGAGGCCUUUUUCCGUCGCCACUUCUACCGCACCCUCCUUCAGAGGAUUCUCCUCGACGUGGGCGUGGUGAAGCAGUGUAGCGACCCGGCGCACGCUGCCGCAGGAGGGAGCAUAACUGGCCGAGACGAGAGUGGGACGCCACUUAUUGUUGGCUCGUUGCGGAAGUCAUGCUUCACAAGUUUCAAGGCUUACGUUCAUGGAGCGCUAGCGAAGCUGACAAAGGAUCCCGUCGACGGCCCUAUGAUCGCCGAACGCACGAAGGGUGUUACUGACGAAGUCGUCGAUCAGUAUGAACAGGAGUGGGGAUAUGCGAAAAAGCAUCUCGCUGUCAUUUGGAGUCUGAUGGCGUUCAGCGCGGGCGUGGUAGAGAGCAUAAUUGUCACGGACCGUUGGUUGUACCUCAGGGAGCAGCCUUGUGUGCAAGAUUGUUGGGUUGACAUCGUCUUUGACUACAAGCACAGUCCGAGAAAUUUUGUGGUUGUGGGUAUCAAGAAGCCAGAAGAGCAGAAUGAACCUUGA